GGACACCCUGGACCUAUCUAUCCCAGACAAGUUUAAUCAACAUAUGAACAAUGCACAAAGUGCACACACUGUAAUGCCAACGAAGAAUCAAUGGAGCACAUCCUGAUUGAUUGCCCGAAUAACGCGAGCUCCACAAUAUGGUCUCUGGCCAGAAGGACAUGGCCACUGAAAUAUGGUGCCUGGCCAAGGAUAGGCAUUGGAACUAUCCUAGGAUGCGGAAGUCAUUGAAAGGCACCUCUAGGCUGCUGAGGAUACUAGUAUCAGAAUCAGUGCAUCUUAUAUGGGCCAUAAGGUGUGAUAGUACAAUCAACGGUACGAUAUUCACAAAACGAUAACAAAG